AUGUCCAUCAGGGUGUCACGGCUGUGUGCGGGCAAGGCAGGGAGGACCCCAGUGCAGGACACGGCGAGAGCAGACCUCCUAGGAAUCAUCCUAAGUACAUUCUCAGUUCUCGGUGCCAGUCUGACCAUUAUAGCUCUGAUCGUUUUCUUUCGUCACAGAACAUCUCCAGUUGUCAGGGCCAACAACUCUGAGCUGAGCUUCUUGUUGCUCAUCUCCCUGACUCUGUGUUUCUUAUGUUCAUUAACUUUCAUUGGAGCACCAUCUGAGUGGUCAUGCAGGCUGCGUCACACUGCAUUUGGUAUCACUUUUGUUCUCUGUAUCUCCUGUGUACUUGGGAAAACUAUAGUGGUUUUAAUAGCUUUUAAAGCUACACGUCCAGGUAGCAAUGUGACAAAAUGGUUUGGUCCUCCACAGCAAAGAAUGACUGUUUUGUCUUUCACCCUUAUGCAAGUUUUAAUAUGUACUAUUUGGUUGGUAUGUAGCCCCCCAUUCCCUGUGAAAAAUCUAUCCACAUAUAAGGACAAAAUCAUACUGGAAUGUGCAUUAGGGUCUGCUAUUGGCUUCUGGGCUGUACUGGGGUACAUAGGCCUGCUUGCUGCCUUUUGCUUUGUUUUAGCUGUUUUAGCCCGCAAAUUACCUGAUAAUUUUAAUGAAGCCAAGCUUAUCACCUUCAGUAUGCUGAUAUUCUGUGCGGUCUGGAUCACUUUUAUCCCAGCAUAUGUCAGUUCCCCUGGGAAAUUCACUGUGGUUGUAGAGAUUUUUGCAAUUCUGGCCUCCAGCUUUGGAUUAAUGCUGUGUAUGUUUGCUCCGAAGUGCUUUAUCCUAUUGUUCAAGCCAGAGAAGAACACCAAGAAAUAUUUAAUGAAAAAGAAUCAAUCAUAG